CUGGUGUCCCAAGCUAACUCUUAACCAACGUGCCACUCGGCUGGCUCCCAUCUGCACAUUUUUAUAAACUUUGACAUCACCUGAGUAAAGGAUGCCGGGAAUCUAUUCUCACAGAUGCCCCAAAAUACCAAUCAAGAUCACAGACGUCUGUACCUCUGCUCAAGCCACAGUACCAGGCCUCACCAGGACACCCUCAUCCCCUCUGGAGCUCCAGAUAUUACUGACAGUGACCAGGGCCCUCCUGUCACUCCUCACAACACACUGGGCCCUCACCAGCCGUGGGCUGCAGGCCGCACUGUGCCAUGGGCUUAUUUAAACAAGUUCUGAUUCAAUUAGAUGAAACAUGGCGCAUUUCAGUCAUCAGAAAUCGGGUGAAUUGUAGUGAGCAGUCGGGCUUCACUUUCUGAUGUUUGCAGACAGCCUCGAAGUCUCCUCCUCUGCCCGUUUGGGACCAGCUGAUAAGGAAGCUGGGUGCUCCCUCCUUGAUGCCAGAGGGAGACUCAAACCACAGAAACCCUCACGUAUGCUUGGGAGCCCUCCUGCCAGCCCACCCACUGACCACAGUAAGAACCCAGGCCAGGACCCUUUCCCUGCUGAAGCCACUUUGCUUCUGUGUGCCAGGACUGCCCUUCCUUCAUCAGAGACCUCCAUGAUGUAAUAAACAUCACACCUUCAAGAAAAAUACAAGCCCUCCUUGGCUCCUACCCCUUCUACUCUGCCCUGUGGAUAUCAGCAAAUUCCUAUGUAUUGUGACCUCUGAAAGUCCCCUCCACCUUCUUGUUCUAAAGAAAACCUGGUUGCCUCCUGACCACAGGUCCCCCAAAGCCCCUCUCCCCACGUACCACUGGAAAUGGAAAUUGGGACAUUCUCCUAGCUCCCACGUCCACGUCCAGAUAUUCCUACCUCCAACCAACACCCUAACUCCCUUGACAACAGCCUAAAGGCAGCCCCAGCAGCUGGCCUGGUCCCGAAUGUGCCAGGAUCUUCAUGUUCUUGGUAGAGUCCUGGGAGACCCCCUUCAGGGACUCCCACAGCUCAUGCCCCAAAAGUGGGGGGCAAGAUUGAUGGGUAAGAUACGGUUUCCCCAGCAUCCACAGGCUCCCUCCACACAGUGAAGCAAGGUGACUGCGGGGGUAGGGGGUAGGGGGGUGCGCAGGACCCACAGCAGUCUUCAAGCCUUUGUGGGUCUGGAGGGGGCUCCAGGGUCUGAGGGGGGAACCCCUAGGGCCCUGACGGUGGCAGGCCACUCCACGCAGCUCUGGCAGCAACAGCAUCUCAGAGCCAGACAAUCAUCACUGGCCCCUGGGCUUCCCUGGAAGUUAACACAAAGGUGUGGGGGCAGGCUGCCUCAUGCCACAUGGGAAGCCAAGGGACAUGUGUGAGCAGCAGUGGCACCUGCCCAGACCUUUUGGAGGCCUGGACUCGUCACCUCUGGACGCGUGUAGUUCACCUUGUAUUCCGGUGUUGCCUGCUUUCCUGUUCCUGUGAGGUCCGUGAGGACAGACUUACAGAAAUGCGGCUCACUUUGUCCACCGAUGUACCCCAGCACUGAGAACAGGGCCCAGACCACAAUAGGUGCUCAGUAAAGACUGUGCUUGUCGAAGCAGAGCCAGAGGAGAGGUGGCAGAGCUGGGCAUAGAGUCGUGCUGGGGGAAAUGCUAGUUGUUGAAUCUAAGGGAGAGGCCUACAGGUAUGACUGUAGUGUUCUUUCAACCUUUAUGAAUGUCAACAUUUGCUGAAUAAAAGUUAUGGAGAAAGCAGGUUAUGCUGAGGUCCUAGACGCAUCAGUUCUCUGUUGGGACCAAGGUUGCUGGUCAGAGCUCACUCCCUGUUAAAGGUACACUGAGGCAUAUUGAAACUUUGAAGUUUAUGUGAGAAACGUGGAUUGGAGCCCUGGCACCGCCACACCAAACCUGGCUAGGAGCCCCAGGUUUUCAGAGACGCAGAAGAGAAGCACGGAAACCAGCCACAGAGCCAACAGUUGCCUAGUCCGGAAGCCCAGGCGGAGUUUGCUUAAGCAGGUGCCCAGGUAUCAGAGCCACCCCACACUAAUGGCCUCCUCGUUUAAUUAACACUGUCAACUGGCAAAAUCAUCUGGGACUGCCCAAAAAAGGGCCGAACUGACGACCUAGUCCCUGAGCGUCCCCGUCCCUUGGUAGAGGGGACCCUGCUGCCAGGGGGUGUGCGGUACGCAGAGUUCCCCGUGGGAAGCCGACCUCAGGCGGUUGGAAGAGACGGAGGAAGCAGCAGCUCGCGUCCCCCCGCUGCCGGGUAACCGCGAAACCGUUGCCGCAUCCUCCCCACUGCAGGUCUGCCUCGGGCCUCCGAUCAGGCGGAACCUCUCCGGGCACCGGCUCGGCCCUCACGCCCUCCCUGGCCCUCGGGCCGGCCUGUCCUUCCUGAGCGCUACUGAGCCCCACGACACACGUGCCAGACGGAAGGUCACCGGCCGGUCCCUCGGGAGUCAGCAGGCGCCCCGGCCUUCCCCCUCCGGCAGCCGCCUCUCACGCAGGGCGCGUCUGCCGCUGUGCCGCCCACGGCCCUCCCCGGCGCACGGCUUAGCCGCCCCGCAAAAUCGGUCAACACCAGUGCAGGUGGCCGAGGAGGCGGUCACUGUCACACAUGACAGCCAUCGCCAAGCCCUGCCGGGUUGGGCAGCAGCCAGAACCCUCGCCUCGGAGAGAGCGCCACCGCCACAGCGGAGCAGGGGCCGCCCCCCGCCCCAGCGCAGAGUCCCGAAGCCCGGCACAAGGGGGUCGCGGGCGCCCGCCAGGCUGGUGGGAAAAGGGAGACCGGAAGCUCCCGCGGGCCGCCGGAAGUGCGGCCUGCGCGAGGCCAGGGCGCAGUGUAGCCUCUCUAGGCGGCGCGGAGGCCUCGGGUCUCGGAGGCUCCAGGGCGCGGGGCUGGGCGGUCGGUCCGUCAGGAGAAAGGCGCCGGGAGGGGAAGGCGGGGCCCGGCAGGCCGGGCCGUGUUGCGCUCUGGGAUCGCUCGUUCGGGGGAGGAGGCGGUGCAGGGGGAGGGGGCCCCAGGGAUUGGCGAGUGUGCAGCUGAGGCGGGACGUCCCCUUUGUCCGAGCGCGCAGCAGGCCGCCCCCUUUCGCUCGUGAGGCUGCGGUGUCCACGCCCCACAGGCUUCUCCAAUUCCCAUCUUCCUCAGAGACCCCAAGGAAUCAGGUGAUGGCAGCAGCCAGGCUCCUGCCGCCUCCGGCGGGACCGCAGGUCAAGGUGACCUUCGAGGACGUGGCCGUGUUCCUCUCUCAGGAGGAAUGGGACCGCCUGUGCCCUGCUCAGCGGGGCCUCUACCGACAUGUGAUGAUGGAGACAUACGGGAACGUGGUUUCUCUGGGACUUCCAGGAACCAAGCCCAACGUGAUUUCCCAGCUGGAGCGAGGAGAGGAGCCAUGGGUCCUGGAUGGGCAGGGAGCAGCGGAGAGCAGGGGACUGGGCAGUGGCCAUUCAGAAUGGGAGAACAAGGAAGAAAACCAAACUAGAGAUUUGAGUCUGAAGCCGGUCAUUUCAGAAGAAAUAUCAGUGGUUCCAGGGGAAAGCCCCCUGGGGUGCAUUGGUUCCGGGAGCUGUGAACCUGAGCGCAGCUCCUGUGUCAGGGCCAGCCCUGUUGGCCCGGUCGAUGGGCAGGCCAUGCGCCCUGCCGACCCUGUCACUGGGCAGCAGCGCGUUCCUAGCGGGGACAGGCCCUUCAGGUGCAUCGAGUGCGGGAAGGCCUUCGGCCGCAGCUCCCACCUCCUGCAGCACCAGAGGACCCACACGGGCGAGAAGCCCUACGUGUGUGGCGAGUGCGGCAAGGCCUUCAGCCAGAGCUCGGUCCUCAGCAAGCACCGGCGGAUCCACACGGGCGAGAAGCCGUACACGUGCGCCGAGUGCGGCAAGGCCUUCCGCGUGAGCUCCGACCUGGCACAGCAUCACAAGAUCCACACGGGCGAGAAGCCACACGAGUGUCCCGAGUGCCGCAAGGCCUUCACGCAGCUGUCGCACCUUAUCCAGCAUCAGCGCAUCCACACGGGCGAGCGGCCGUACGUGUGCGCGUUGUGCGGCAAGGCCUUCAACCACAGCACGGUGCUGCGCAGCCACCAGCGCGUGCACACCGGCGAGAAGCCGCACGCGUGCGCCGACUGCGGCCGCGCCUUCAGCGUGAAGAGGACGCUGCUGCAGCACCAGCGCGUGCACACCGGCGAGAAGCCCUACGCGUGCGGCCAGUGCGGCCGCGCCUUCAGCGACCGCUCGGUGCUCAUCCAGCACCACAACGUGCACACCGGCGAGAAGCCCUACGAGUGCGGCGAGUGCGGCAAGGCCUUCAGCCACCGCUCCACGCUCAUGAACCACGAGCGCAUCCACACGGAGGAGAAGCCGUACGGCUGCUACGCGUGUGGCAAGGCCUUUGUGCAGCACUCGCACCUCAUCCAGCACCAGCGCGUGCACACGGGCGAGAAGCCCUACGUGUGCGGCGAGUGCGGCCACGCCUUCAGCGCCCGCCGCUCACUCGUGCAGCAUGAGCGGAUCCACACCGGCGAGCGGCCCUUCCGCUGCACGCAGUGCGCCAAGGCCUUCAGCCUCAAGGCCACGCUGAUCGUGCACCUGCGGACGCACACGGGCGAGCGGCCCUACGAGUGCGGCCGCUGCGGCAAGGCCUUCAGCCAGUACUCCGUGCUCAUCCAGCACCAGCGCAUCCACACGGGCGAGCGGCCCUACGAGUGCGGGGAGUGCGGCCGCGCCUUCAACCAGCAUGGGCACCUGAUCCAGCACCAGAAGGUGCACCGGAAGCUGUGACGCAGCCUGGGAGCCCACGCGGGCCAGGCCCGCAGCGCGGGAACGAGUUUCGCGGAGCAAUGGCAGGGAGCGCUGAGCGGCCACUCGGUGGCCAUCUGGAGAGGAGUCGCACUCCUGUAGGAACUUGGAUAAAGCAGCCAUAACUCAUCCUUCAAUGACUGACAGUUUCUUUGACGUGGCAAACGGAGUUACGGCAUAAGAAUUACUGUCACAGUAAGACUUUCUUAUGUUCCAAAUAAAGUUUUUUUCUUAGAAAAUUAACAUCCCUUUCCUAAA